GUUUAUCUAAAACCUUAAACUCAAUGACUAAUGAAGAGAAGCAAGAAGCGGCUGCCUCUGCAUUUGGAACUAAAAGAGCACAGCAAUAUAUCAACCGCAAGAAGCAAUAUAAAGAGAUUACACAAAACAUGUCUGAAGCAAUUGGUCAGGCUGCAACAUCUGCCAUUUUGAAACUUAGUGAGUUUGAAGAAAAAAGGGCAGAGACUACAUUUUUAUCUAUUUUACCAGAAUGUAAUAGAGAGGCAAGUCAGCUAGAGGAUGUAUACAGUUUAGAGGCUAUUGCUCCUGACAACUUCUUGCUGCACUUGGCAGCAUUUGCAAGAGGGAUUUUAGAAGGAAAGGAUCCACAGCCUAAGAGCUCAGCACUGUUCCAAGAAUUGUUAGAAAGUGCUAAAUUGGAGAAAGACGAAGAAAAUCGGAUACGAUUAACUUGUGUAGCUGUGUACGUGGAGUACUUGGUGAACUUUCUGAAGCUCAGGCGUCGAGAAAUACAAGACUUAAAGACUCAGGAAAAAACCCUGAAAGGAUGUCCUCUAAAGAUAAAGCACUAUAUUUUGAAUGAGUAUUCCCAAAUUCAUUACAAUAAGAGGGUACGCUCAACUCACAAUGAGGACAGUGCUACUUGCUGUGUUUUGAUUUUGUCUUUAAUAGUGAUGAAAUACAAGUUAUUAGUCAACACACUGCUUCAGUCCCUGCCAAUCACUCGAGACAGGCUUAACAUCCUCAUGAAAGUGGUUGGAGCAACAUACGUGGCUGAAAAACAUUCCUAUGUACUCAAAAUCCCACUAGCCAAAUUCCCUCAACCACAUAUGAAGAAAAAGCAAUAUGGAAAAAAAACGUUUGGUAAUAUUUAACUAUCUGCAGUGUAGAAAAAGAUUUAUAUAUGAAUAAUAAACUCUUGAUAUGUACAAGAAAGGUAAGUAGGGAUUAUACAGUGCCUGUGGGAGGGAAGGUAUUCAGGCUCACUUCAGGGAACUGGAGCAUGGAUCCAAUUCCCUAGAUCAAGAGCCCCUCACCAGCAUCAAGGAACCUCCCUUGAGAAUUAAAGUAGAAUAUCUUUAGAUAACAGUUUAUAUUAUUAUUAUUCUCAUCAAUAUGCUAAUCAAAGUAAAAGUAAUUUGUAAGGAAGAUUGAAAUUGUGGAAUCAGCCACUUUUUUUUUUUUGGUUAAUAUGACUAUCUUAAUUCAAAUUCUGAAUAUGUAAGGAUGGAUUUGAGAACUGCAUAUAGGAAUACUUCCAACUUGAAUAAGCUCCAGUAUGUGGAUUUGAAGCACUAGUGUAUGAGUAUAGUGUAAUCAAAAUAAGUGCUGAACCCGAAAGGGUCAUACAGUGCAGGUAAUGUGGAUAUAGAAAUGCCUACCAUACUUAUAUUAAAAAAAAUGAACAAUUUGAUGGUGCAUUCAAAGUGUCAGCCCUAUGUGGGUAAUAAAGCAAUUUUGAGUUUCAUGUGAGGUGCUAGCAGGUUAAAAUGUUGAGGUUGAACUGUAUUUGCAAAGCAUUAUAAUUGUAUAUGCAGUGUUGUAAGAAACAAAAUUAAUAGCCUUGUUACUUUGCUGUAGUCAUUACCCGUUUUAAUCCUAAUAAAUUACGCAUGACAGCAGAUUCGUAUAUUACAGAUAAAUCAAAAGCCCCUUGCUGCUAUCACAGCACCUCUGGAGGGGUUCACCAUAAGAAAUUUUUUUCUAGGUAUUCCAAUUCCUCAUGAACAUUGUAUUUUCACGAAUAGGAGGUUGGCCUCAACUUUGAGCAUGAAAUAAUUACAAUUCAAUUCAUUA